CAUAGAGGAGAAGCCUGAUGUGGGGCUCGAUCUUGUAACGUCGGGAUCAGGCCCUGAGCCAAAGACAGAUGCUUAACAGCUGAGCCACCCAGGCGCCCCGGUUUUGUGUUUUUCUGUAUGGUUUUAUAGUUAUCCCAGUGCUGGUUAUAGUCCAUCUUUUCCCCCAUUGAUGUGAGAUGCUGCCUUAUUGAAUAUAAAUGUAGCAUAAUAUAAUUGAAUUGAAUAUUUGUGAAUGUAGUUUGAUCAAUUUGGUCUGUUUCUGAUUUUCUGGGUUGUUUUCAUUGUUCUCUCUCUGUUCAUACACUGAUGUCAUACUGCCUUAACUAUAGAGGCUAAAAUGCUUUAUUAUCUGGUACAGCCAGUCCUCCCUCACAAUUCUUCUCUUUUUUGAUUGUCCAGGCUAAUUUUCUUUUUUAUUCAUCCAAAAGAAUUUUAUGGUCAAGUCUUUUAGCUGCAGGGGAAAGAAAGUGGUGACAAAAAAUUUUAAAUUUAUAUGUUUUAAAAUCACAUUAAAGAAGUAUCUAAUAACUCAAAUUUUAUGAAAUACUUUAAAUAUGAAACAGUAUUUCAUUUGGUGAAAUGUGUUUUCUGCAUUUAGGUAUUUUUCUUCUUAAUCUACUCAUGGGAAUGUGUUGUAACAACCCUUUUUCCUCAUAUUGAACCACCCUAGGAUUUCUGAAAUACAUCAAAUUUAAUCAUGGUGUAUUACUUGUUAGUGAUAAAAACGUAUUUAGGAUUUUUGUAUUAGGAUUCACAAAUGAGACAGAUCUGUAGCUUUAUUUAUUGGUGAAAUCUUUGUUAGUCUUCAAGAUCAGUAUCAUACCUGCAUCAUAGAAAGAAUCAAAAGUUUUCCUUCCUUUUAAAUCAUCAGGAAUAGCUUAAGAAGCAUGGAGAUUCUUAGAUCUUUAAGGAUUGAACCUUAACCUGAAGAGUGGAACCUGAACAUCUGGACGUGGUACUCUUUGGUGUGGAAACUCUUCACCUACUUUAUUAUUUCUUCUAUGGUCUGUGGAUACCUAAGCCCCAGAGCCUCUUGAUAUUGACAUGGCUGACCCACAGGACAACACUCUGAGGAUUGUUCUGGUUGGGAAAACCGGAAAUGGGAAGAGUGCAACAGGAAACACCAUCCUUGGGAGAAAAGAAUUUGAGUCUAGAAUUGCUCCCCACGCUAUUACCAAACAGUGUAAAAAAGCAUCCCGAGAAUGGAAGGGGAGGAAUCUUCUCAUUGUUGACACCCCGGGGCUCUUUGACACCAAAGAGACCCUGGAAACCACCUGCACGGAAAUCAGCCAGUGUGUCCUCUACUCCUGUCCUGGGCCCCAUGCCAUCGUCAUGGUUCUGCAGCUGGGCCGCUACACGGAUGAAGAGCAGAAGACCGUGGCAUUGAUCAAGGCUGUCUUUGGGAAGGCAGCCAUGAAGCACAUGAUUGUUUUGUUCACUCGCAAAGAUAACUUGGAGGGUCAGAGCCUAGAUGACUAUAUAGCAGAGGCAGAUGUCAAUCUUAGGAGUGUCAUCAGGGAAUGUGGGAACCGCUGCUGUGCCUUCAACAACAGAGGCACAGAAGCUGAGAAGGAAGCUCAAGUGGAGGAGCUGGUGGGGCUGAUAGAGCAGAUGGUGUGGAGAAAUGGCAGGGCUUAUUUUUCUGAUGACAUUUACAAGGACACAGAGGAAAGGCUGAAACAAAAGGCAGAAGUCCUGAAGAAAAUCUACACUGAUCAAUUGCAUAAGGAAAUUAUGCUAGUAGAAAAGGAAUGUGCUCAUAAAUUACAGCAGGAACGAGAGGAAAAAAUAAAAGCACUGAAGAUGCAAUAUGAAGAAAAAAUUAAAAAUCUUAGGGAAGAAGCUGAAAGGGGUGUAUUUGAUGAGGUUUUUAAUGAGAUUAAGAGGUUUCUUUCAAGGACAUGGUAUAUGUUUUGGUAGUCAUGUCAAUUUCACUUUUGCUUCUGAAUUUACUAUGUCAUGUAAUAAUGAUAGACUGUAGUUUCCAAGGAUGGCUGUGACAAUACAGUCGAUCCUACUUAUUCUUUUUAUAAUCUGACUUUGUUACUUCCCCCACUGAGUUGUGGGGACUAUGUCCCCUGCCUUGGAAUUGAUGGACUUUGUGACUGUUUCGCUAAAUAGCAGAUGGCUGAAGCAACCCCUUGGGACUCUAAGUCGAGACAUGGAAAAUGCGCCCUGCCCUGCUGAGGUGCUCGCCCUUGGAACUGG